AAGACUGUACGUUCGCCAUGUCUUUUAUGCUCCCUCAUUUAAAAAACGGUUGGCAAGUAGACCAGGCCGUAUUGUCCGAAGAGGAAAGAGUUGUUGUGGUUCGUUUCGGUCACGAUUGGGAUCCCGAAUGCAUGAAGAUGGACGAAACUUUAUACGGUAUUGCCCAUAAAGUUAAAAACUUUGCUGUUAUUUAUGUGGUUGAUAUUACGGAAACGCCGGAUUUUAAUAAAAUGUACGAACUUUACGAUCCAUGCACUGUAAUGUUUUUCUAUAGGAACAAACAUAUGAUGAUUGAUUUAGGUACUGGAAAUAAUAAUAAAAUCAAUUGGGCGAUUCAAGACAAACAAGAAAUGAUCGACAUCAUUGAAGUCGUGUAUCGCGGCGCUCGGAAGGGUAGAGGCCUCGUGAUUAGUCCAAAAGACUAUUCAACUAAAUAUCGAUAUUAAAAUUUAACGAGGCCUUCUCUAAAUCACGCUAACAUAGUGGAAGCUACACAACUGCAUUCAUUUACAC